AUGAAUGAAAUCGGUUCAAGGACUCGUGAAGACUGGCAAAAAACGAUUGAUGCAGUGAUUUCAAAAGUUUACAACCAGGACCAGCAACAACCAAUUGAUGAACUGGGUCCAAGCACUUCCAAACAAGAUUGGAAAGCCAUGAUCGACAAACCCGAUCCAGGUAUUCCGAAGAACUGGCGAGACUUGAUUGAUCAAGUCAAUUCAAUCAAUUCAAACCAGGAUCAGCAACUCCCAAUGGAUCAACCUGGUCCAAGCACUUCCAAACGGGGCCGGAAACGCCUAAUUGAUCGAGUCAGUCCAAGCACUUCCAGUCAAGCCCAGCAGCAACCAAUUGACCAAGAUAGGUCUGCCAACACUGUUACAAAUCAAGUGGCUGGAUUAAACGGAAGAUAUCGGGAAACCUUUAAUCGUAUAGAAAAAAAACUUGCAGCGUUUACAGUAAUAAAAAAGAAAAAGCUGAAAGCAUAUCGUAGAUAUGUAAACUUUGAAUUCAAACAACAGCCAGCAACGAGCCAAAAGAUAUCGGAGUUACAAUACAUCCUGGAAGCUAAAAGUCGAUUGAAACAAGAGUAUAUAACGGCAAGGAACAAAGUAAACGAUAUCAGACAACAAUUGAAAAGGUUUAUGAAAAGGCAUGCUUUGGAUUUUGAGGAGCCGGAAUCAGAUUCGGAUUCGGAUUGA